CUGUAAUUCGCUUAGAGAGGGCUGAAAGCCCUAUGAAGCGGUAUAUAAGUCUAACUGCUAUUGCUAUUGCUAAUUCUAUUAUUAUGGUGCCAUUUCUGCCACUUUCACAAUCUUAUUCUGUGUAGUCCAGUAUUUCUCCUUCAUUGUCCGUAUCAUGAAAGUUGGAUGCCUAGAGAGACAAACCAGCUGUUGCAUAAUAGGCAGAGAAAGAAAGCAAAGAAGGAUCUUGGGUAUCUUCUCCCACUGUACCAGAUAUUAUGGAAGAUCUGUACAUUGACUGUGUGGAAACAGCAUUUCACAAAGAACACAGGUUUUAAGGUAAGCCAAUUCCUUGGUGACACUUUUCCAUGAAAAAAGGUGAGUCUACCUUACCUUCUGGAUACAUACAGACCAUGGCGUGAAGAAUGACAAUUAAGGCAAGGCAUGCCUUUCCACCCUUUUUUGAGUGAUGAAUUCAGAAACAGGAGUGUCCUACGAAGUAUCUUUCAGCUGUAGAUGGAAGUAAAUCAUACCUAUAUUCGGUAGCUUGUUUCCCUGACUAUUCCUUCAGUUACCAGGUAAGCAAUGCUGCUUUUGUAAUAAGUAAAUUUUUUGUGGUCUGCCAGCCAGAGUCGCUGGGAGUUGUCAGCAAACAAAUGUAAUAAUAAAUACAAUUCCACAAAAGAUCUAAAGAUGGGGUGUUGUUUGUUCAUUGUGAUAUUAUCUCCUGCAGUGAGAAGAGACAAACAUUUGAGCAAGUUGGAAGCAGAAGCUGAAAGUCCUUGAAGAGAUGGCGCAGCCACUUGAUUUCUGUGUUUUCAGCGUCCUGGUGACAGGAUCCAAUCGAGGGAUCGGCCUGGGUCUGGUGAAGAGGUUUCUGGAGCUGCCUUCUCCACCCAUAUGGGUCUUUGCUACAACUAGGGACCUGGAGGGGGAAAAAACCAAGGAGCUAAGAGAGAUGGUUUGCAGAUAUCCGAAUCUGGUGGUGUUGCAAUUAGAUGUUACUAAACCUGAAAGCAUCCAAGCUGCUCAGAAAGAAGUGGAGAAAUGUGUUGGAGAAGGUGGCCUGACCCUCUUAUACAACAAUGCUGGCAUUUGGAUCUUCAACGAUCUGCAAACAGAAAAUGCCAAGGAUACAAUGAGAGUUUACUCUGUCAAUACCAUUGGUCCAUUGCUGAUGAGUCAGGCAUUCCUACCCCUGCUGAAGAAGGCAGCCCGGAGAAGCCCAUGUCAAGGGCUGAGCACCAGCAAGGCGGCUAUUAUUAACAUGUCCAGUAUUGGCGGCUCAAUUGAACUCCUACCUUCUUGGCAUCAACAUCCAAUGCUUGGAUACCGUUGCUCUAAGGCUGCUCUAAACAUGCUGACCAAGUGCCAAUCUCUUGGAUAUUCAGCCGAUGGCAUCAUGAGUGUCGCCAUACACCCAGGAUUAGUUAAGACUGAUCACAGUCCAGUUCCUGAAAUCAGUGUGGAAGAGAGCACUCAAGGCAUCAUGGCUGUGUUGUCCAAGCUUUGUGAAGAUGACAACGGGACCUUUGUGGAUUAUUUGGGUCAUCGUCUUCCUUGGUGAUCCAUCGGUCUCACUUUGAUGUCAUUGACUCAUAAAAAAGUGAGAAGCAACAAACAAACAAAUA